AUGACCUAUGAGAUUUUUUCAUAUGUUUGGGGUCUAUCAUUGUGCAUUUAUAAAUGCUUGAUGAAUGAGUCCAACAGCUUGGAUGAGUCUGGAAGAAGGACUGGAAUUUUAUACCCCGUCUGCUUAAAUAAAUUGCAACCCAUUAGGAUACGGUCUAAAAGAAAGAUGUGAGCAAUUUUAAAUGCUAAAAAACUGAGAAAACAGUUGUUCAGUUAA